GUAAGUGAGAGAGGUGAAAGUGAUAUUGAAACUAAGCUCUCCCUUCCCUGCCAUGGCGACGCCGCUGCUUCAGAAACCCUCAAUCCAGAAGCUUUGAGUCCAUCCAUUUUUCAGGCAAGUCGUUCAUCAUUUCCCAACACAUCUUCUAUUUCUAUCGAAACAUGAUUGCAAUUGCACGCAGGAAUCUCUCCUGUUUAUUUGUAAACCCUAAUUCAUUUCUCUGCAACUCCAAUGCUCAUCUCUUCCCGUCAAUCCAUUUCUUCUCCACUUGGAGGGUGAAAAACCCAAUCCCUAGCCCUGAAAUCUACGAUCUAUUGCUCAACAAACACCAAUUUCUUCCUGAAUUAGCUUCAAUAGCUUCAACUGGUUUACCUAAAGCUAGUAGCCCCAUAGGAGCUGAUUCAGUAGUGUCAUUCCUCAAAGAGAAUAGCUUUACGGCUACUCAGCUGCAGAAAGUCGUCACAUAUGAUUCUCGAAUUCUAGGGUUUACCAUUGAGAGCAUUAAUUUCAAAUUGAAGGUAUUCCAGAGUUUGGGCCUUUCCCCCAAGGAGAUUGCCAAGAUAAUAUCCGAACAUGCGACUAUUUUACAUUUAAGUUAUGAGAAUAGUAUCAUUCCCAAAUUAUCGAUGCUAAAGUGCUUGCUGGGAUCCGAUCAUGAUGUGGCCAGACUUUUGAAACGAUGCAGCUGGUUUCUGUCAGCCGUUUUGGAGAAAACCUUAAUGCCAAAUAUGGAAAUCUUGAAGAGCUAUAGCAUACCAAUGGUGCAUAUCCUUCAUUUUCUCUAUCUUCGCCCGAGAUGUUUCGUGGUCAAGCCGGAUAUUAUGCAGAAAUCUGUAGUCAGGGCUAUAGAAUUUGGGGUCCCUUGGACUUCAGGCGUUUUUAUCCAAGCUGUGAAUCUUUUCACUCAUACGAGUGAAGGGAUGUGGGAAGUCAAGGUGCAAACGCUCCGCGAUUUGGGAUUUUCUGAUGAUGAUAUACUCACAAUAUUUAGGAAGCAACCAUUGGUUUUCUCACUAUCUGGGAAGAAAAUGAAGAAUGUCACAGAGCUUCUGCUUGCUACCGGUAAGUACGAUCUAUCCAGCAUUGUCACUUGUCCAGCAGCCCUCGGGUACAGUAUGAAGAAGAGGAUUGAGCCGCGAUUGCAAAUACUUAGACUUUUGGAAAGUAGGAGUUUGAUUGAAAAGUGGCCAUCACUUUCACGUGUUGUUACGUUAACAGAGGAUAGAUUUUUAGACAGAUGCGUUAAGCCUUAUUGUGAUGAGAUUGUCGAAGAACACAUCACAAAGAUAUAUGUGGAAGGCAGAAAAAGAUGAAGCUUUGUUCCAUGUUGAUGAACUUGGGAAAGGCCUUGAGCUAGCUAAAGAAGAUUCAAAUGGAUUGUUAGUUUAUAUUCUAAACUUUCUUAUAUUGGAUGCAUUUUGAAGCAAUUGCUGUAGAGUUGGAGGUGACUGGAUUCAGCUGAGUUCGGAGGAAUUAAUAUGAUUUUUUUUUUUUUUUAAUGAUCAGUAGGCGAAAUAUGCUGUUGUGAAUCCUUGUGGCUUUUUCCAGUGUUUCUCAAUUUCUCAUCUCAUUAAUGGAACUUCCUUCUAUUUCUCAAUACAUUUGGUUGGAAAUGCUCUUAUUUUGAGAGGGUUAAUUGGAAACGGCAGUCAUCAGAAA